AUAAAGUUGAACAGGUUUCCAACGUGACCUUUCGAAAUUGCUCGAUAAUCGACAAGCGUGUAUGUAAAAUUAUAUUCAGACGGACAUUAAUUUAAGGCAUCAAAUGUAAUACUACUGCGAUGAUAUGACAUUUUCCGUUCUUGGCUAGAGUGGAUCUACAAUUCCCCCUGUGUGAUUAUUUGGUGGCAAUGGAAAACAUUGUUUUCUCUUACACGGUACAUUCUCUCUGGUUGGACCGUUUUGUGACUUUCGGAUAAGGACUUGAGUGUUGAUAUCUGGAUAGGACACGCAUUUUUUUCAAACUGUAGAAAUGAUGAGAUUUAUCUCUCCGUCACUGUUAAAGGAACUCCGCCAGAGUCUCCCGCUUGUACACACUAUCGCCAAGAAACACGGAGUGUCUAAAUUGACAUCAUUUACCUUUUCUCUACCACCCAACCUCUCGGUACCCCUAAUUCGUUUAGUGUAUACAGGGUUCGCGCUGAGAAACGAUGUCCCUAAAGCAGAGGAGACUGAAGAGAAACUGGACCUGGACAUAUGGAAAUCCGUGAUGAUGUCUCAAGUACCAUUGGUGGAGGAGAAACAAGUAGAGGAGGAAGAGGGAGACAGCGAUUCUGCUAAUUCAGAACCAGGAGGAGGUGCAGCAUCAGAGAAGGAUGUCAGCUCCACACUGGAGAGCACCAGAGAGCUUGUGGUCAUGUGGCGUCACGCUGGGAAGCUGGUCCCAGAAAACAUGACUGACGAGGAGCUUGGGGUCCUGGCUGGGCUCGAAACGAAGUCCUCGAAGAAGAAGUACCUGAAAUACCUGGCCAUCAAGGAGAACCAAAAGAAGAGCCGUAAGGAGAAGCAGAAGCAGAAGGCGGAGAAGAGCGGGAGGUUCCUGGAGGACGACAGGAUCGGCCCUGGUGCUCCGAGAGGGGAGGAUGGGGGAGAGCUGAAGAACACAUUCCUGCUCCGGUUCUGGACCAGUUCCCUGGACAAGCUGCUGGGCUGGAAGUCUGCCCAGGCUAUGCGGUUCGGCCAGCCGCUGGUGUUUGACAUGAGCUACGACCAGCACAUGGCCCGGCGAGAGGUGGAGAACACUGUGUCCCAGCUGCUGGAGGUGGAGGGGUGGAAUCGCCGCGCCCCGGACCCCUUUCACCUCCACUACUGUAACCUGCAGCCGGGUGGCGGCUACCGUAGGGAGCUGGUGAAGCGGUACGGCGCCGAGACCUGGGAGAACCUGCUCGUCACCUGUACGGAGAAACAGCAUGUGGACCUGUUCCCGCGGGAGGACCUGGUCUACCUGACGGCCGACUCCCGCAACAUCCUCCGCACGUUCGACCACUCCAAAGUCUACGUGGUGGGCUCGAUGGUGGACCGCUCCAUCCAACCAGGGCUCUCCCUGGCAAACGCCAAGCGGCUGAAGCUCAACACGGCCCGCCUUCCGCUGGACGAGUUCCUGCAGUGGGACUGCGGCGCCAAGAACCUGACCCUGGACCAGAUGAUACGCAUCCUGCUGACGCUGAAGGAGACCGGGCGGUGGGAGGAGGCGCUGGAGCACGUGCCCAAGAGGAAACACGAUGGAUUCUACCGCCAGGUGCCGGACCGAGACGGCCCGGGCCAUAGGGAUUCCGACAGAACCAGAGGGUUUAGUGAGAGAGGCAGAGACCCCUGGCUCAGAGAUGGUGACAGAGGGUUCAGGGGUGUGGACCGAAAGAAACCCUUUGACAGGAGGGACAGAACAUUCAGAAGGACGGAUGAAGACGGCAUGGAGGAGUGGCGACAGAGAAUGUGUGGUGGACCCCGAGAAAGGACCGGGGACAGGAUGGCAGAGGGCAGACAGGCACAUCCUACAGCUGAUGGAGGCAACAGCAGGAUACAGCCUUCAAUGAAAACCAAAAUGGAGAACAGGGGGAGUUCUGCCAAGGGUGGGAAGAGGUACUGGGAAGAGGAGGAGUAGCUUUGUCUGACGGAAAGACAUUUGUUAGGUGUUCUUGUUGCAUUGAUUGAUGUGGUUCUGCAGGAAUAAGAAGCACUUGUAAAGGCCUUGAAUAUAAAAAUGUUGAUGUAACUAU